AUGCUCUUGUCUUCUUCUCCCCUUCUCUCCAGUAGGGCUUCUUUUCUAUGCCGUCCAACAUUUGGAUUGUUUUCUGCUCGGAGGAAUAUCAGAGCGUCUUCUUGCGCACUUCACAAUUUGCAGAAUAAUGGAAAACAGGCUAAAAGCAUGUUGCACUUUGAGGAGAAUGUAAGGCGGAGACUUCUCUUAGUUUUCCUGGUUGGCUCGGGCAUAUCUACAGCUUUGCCAUCCUCUGGAAAGAUGAAAAAGCAAAGUCCUUACGAUGAGAGACGUUUACUAGAACAGAACAAGCGAAUACAGAGAGAAAAUAAUGUGCCUGAUGACUUCCCUAAUUUUGUUAGAGAAGGUUUUACAGUAAAUGUAGUGACACCGGACAAAUAUGUUAAACGUGACUCGGGUCUCAUAUUGUGGGACAUAGCAGCUGGUAUGGGUGAUUGUCCAAAGGAUGGUCAACAGGUGACAUUUCACUAUAUUGGUUAUAAUGAGUCCGGCCGCCGUAUUGACAGUACAUACUUGCAAGGUUCUCCUGCGAAAGUCAGAAUGGGUACUAAUGCAUUAAUUCCAGGGUUUGAGGAAGGAAUCCGAGACAUGAAACCCGGGGGGAAACGGAGGAUAAUUAUUCCUCCAGAGCUGGGACCACCAGUAGGACCUUCUACAUUUUUCAGCUCAAAGCAAUUUGAAGUUUUCGACAUCGAAUUACUAAGCAUUCAAGAUUGCCAGAGAAGGACCAUUGGAUUUUAUUCUGAUGUCAUAUGCAGCUGA